AUGGCAGACGAGAUAGAAGCCUUCAAAUUCGUCGACUUAGAUAUUCUCCUCAGCAUAUGUGAGAGGAUUUCAACAUUGGUUCUGAUGCUCAUCUGUCCCGACUUUAAAGCUGUUGGCACAUUCCUCAUGAUCGCAACAUUCCUAAGAUUGCAAUACCUUGUGUUUUACCGUCUGAGUGCUAUCAUGCCUGAGCUGCUAGACUAUUGUAUUGCAGUUUUCGCUGAUCGGAUGAUUACCGUUGUCCAAAUGUUUUUAGGGUGGCCUAGUGUUUGGUAUAUAGUAAUUAUGGUUGGUUUGGGGAUGGUUUCAACCAUAUGCACUGCUUGCAACAUGUAUUCCAUGUAUUCAAUAACUCAGAAACAGAAAGCUGAAAUUGAGGAGAAGAGGUUACUUGCUAUAGAAGCAAUUAAAGCAGGGGCAGCCAAUUCUGCGGAGCUUUUCGAUUUUGUAGUCUACCACUCUGAUUAUUACAGAAAUUAUUUGAAUUACUACUCUGGAGAAACAGCAUAUGAACUUUCUUAUACAAGGAUUCGGGAAGACCUCCUUGCUGAUCAACUUGUAUAAUGU